UUGUCAGAAUUCUAUUCAGUUUCCUUUAAAGAUGAUUUAUGUAGGUUCCUUACUCAAUACCAUCGGAACACGCUGAAGCUCCGAACUGUCGAGCGAUUUUCGAGGGCAAUCUGGCUGAUUAUUUUUGUUUGUGUUGCCACUGGUCUGCUAAGGUUCUUCGAGCAUGACACGACCGUCUACCAGUUUUGUAUGGACACUGAGCCAACGCCGCAAUGGGCAGCCCGUUGUAUGGUGAGAGACGGCGCGUUGAUGAAUAUCUUGACAAGGUCCUUCUGGAAGGUUUUUCUACCACUUUCGGAUUUUGUUGUCCAGUUCCUGAUACCUGGCUGUUUAUUGGCACUCCUUCACGUCGGAUUCAUAAGAGAACCUGAAAUCGAUAUGGGAGCCAUGAGUAGACAUAAUCGCUUCGGUCGUACUCCACGCGAUCAGACGCGGAUACUGAUCACUACGGUGACAAUCGCUUUUCUCGUCGUCCAAGUGCCGACUGCCUUUAUAACGACUCUCAGUCUCACCAUUAAUCACUUUCAAAAUAACAAUGCUCUGAUGAUUCUUGCCUUGGUGAUAGGUCACCUUCAACCUAUGCUUUCAAUUAUAACAAUUGCAGCUAAUUCAGCUGCGCUUCUUACUGCAUACUAUGUUAUUGUUAAGGUGAGCUUAGCAGAAUAA